AUGAAAUGCUUAGCAUGUUCGAAUUCUAUUGAGAAGGGAGAAUUAUUGGGUUGCGUUACGUGUAAAGGAACUUAUCAUUACAGAUGUUUGAAUAUUACAACGGCGAAAUUUAUGGGUAAUUUCCAACAAAUCAAACGAACAUGGAAGUGCCCUACUUGUACAAAUGUUACUAAAAGACGACACAGAAAUGAUGACACCCCAAUAAAAAUAAUUCGUGAAGAAUCGUCCCCCUCCGAUUUAGUUGACAUGUCCUGUGAUAAUAUUUCGCAGACAGAGGAUAGUAACGAACAGUUAUUCCCGAAUAUGGAGCAUCCUGGAGUGCCCAAAGUGAAUACUUUUUCAUUUUCCCUAGAAGAAAUUGGUAAAUUGCUGGAUCAAAAAUUAGAAUCCAAACUAAAAAGCGCACAUAUUUGUCUAGCCACAGAAAUCAAGCAAGAAUUUCGUGACGUUUUAAAGAAUUUAGAAAGUGAUUUCAAGCAAAUAACUGAAUCCUUAACACAAGAAGUAUGUAACUUAAAGCUUGAGGUCAAUACCCUUAGUGAAAAAGUGCAGGCACUCGAGAAUGAAAACAUGUGCAUCCACAAAGAAAUUGAAUCUCGUCAAACUGCUCAAACAAAUGCACACUUGGAGAGUAUUAUUACGGAGUUACAGCAGCAAAUAACCUACAAAGAUCAAGAAGCCCUGCUAAAUGAUGUCGAAAUAGUCGGAAUACCAGAAUUUUCAGGCGAAUCAACAAUGCAUAUUGUGUUGACCGUUGCCUCUAAACUCGGAGUAUCUCUAACGGAACAAGACAUAGUUUACGCUGAGCGCGUCGGUCGCCGUUUAAAUUGGCUGCAUAAGGAUACGCGAAUAGGUAACCAAAACAACACAUCAUUAUCUAUUAGUGCGCGCCCCUUGGCUGUAAGAUUGACGCGUCGUACAUUACGCGAUCACUUAUUAAAAAAUGCUCGAGUGCGCCGUACGCUUACUACUGGAGACCUAGGACUACCACCUCACGAAUCAACUACUUUUUAUGUUAAUGAACGUUUAACAAAAAUAAACCGCAUUUUAUUUGCUAAAACACGUGAAAUAGCUAGAAAUUUAAAUUGGAAAUUUGUAUGGACAAAGAGGGGGUCGUGUUUAUGUUAA